UUCCUCUCCUUGUUUUGCUUUCGAUCUGGACUGUUCUCAGGCAAGCCGGGGAGUAACUUUUAGUUUUGCUCCUGCGAUUAUUCAACUGACGGGCUUUCAUUUCCAUUUCACACACCCUAGCAACACUUAUACCUUGCGGAAUUGUAUUGGUAGCGUGAAAAAGCACACUGAGAGACGGAAAAUGCCGGGGUUCAUAAAUAUUAAUACCGAUUUUUGGAGGAACAGUCGGCGCAAUUAUGGAUCAUCUGAUUUUAGGGGAAGCAGGUUCUGCUGCUGUUGCUGCUGCUACUGGGGCUGCUGAGGCUGCAAGGAGAAGGAGGAGGAGAAGGGUACCAUGCCGGUGGAAAGGAUGCGGAUGCGCCCGUGGCUGGAAGAACAGAUAAAUUCAAACACAAUACCAGGGCUCAAGUGGCUUAACAAGGAAAAGAAGAUUUUCCAGAUCCCCUGGAUGCAUGCAGCUAGACAUGGGUGGGAUGUAGAAAAAGACGCACCACUAUUUCGAAACUGGGCCAUCCAUACAGGAAAGCAUCAGCCAGGAGUAGAUAAACCUGAUCCAAAAACAUGGAAGGCGAAUUUCCGAUGUGCCAUGAAUUCUUUGCCUGAUAUUGAAGAAGUUAAGGAUAAAAGUAUAAAGAAAGGAAACAAUGCCUUCAGAGUAUACCGGAUGUUGCCCUUAUCUGAACGACCUUCUAAGAAAGGAAAGAAACCAAAGACAGAAAAAGAAGACAGAGUUAAGCACAUCAAGCAAGAACCAGUUGAGUCAUCUUUGGGGCUUAGUAAUGGAGUAAGUGAUCUUUCUCCUGAGUUCGCGGUCCUGACUUCAGCUAUAAAAAAUGAAGUGGAUAGUACGGUGAACAUCAUAGUUGUAGGACAGUCCCAUCUGGACAGCACCAUCGAAGAUCAAGAAAUUGUCACUAAUCCACCAGACAUUUGCCAAGUUGUGGAGGUGACCACCGAGAGUGACGAGCAGCCAGUCAGCAUGAGUGAACUGUACCCUCUGCAGAUUUCCCCUGUGUCUUCCUAUGCAGAAAGCGAAACUACCGAUAGUGUGCCCAGUGACGAGGAGAGCGCCGAGGGGAGACCACACUGGCGGAAGAGGAACAUUGAAGGCAAACAGUACCUCAGCAACAUGGGGACACGGAGCACUUACCUGCUGCCCAGCAUGGCGACCUUCGUCACUUCCAACAAGCCAGAUCUCCAGGUCACCAUCAAGGAGGAGAGCUGUCCGGUGCCUUACAACAGCUCCUGGCCCACGUUUCCUGACCUCCCCCUCACUCCCUCCGUGACCCCUACACCCAGCAGCAGUCGGGACCGAGAGACUCGGGCCAGUGUCAUCAAGAAGACGUCAGACAUCGCCCAGGCCCGCGUCAAGAGCUGCUAAGCCCUUGACUGUCCCCGGUGGUUGUUGGGAUUUCUUGGCUUUGUGUUGUUAUUUGUUUGUAUUUUAUUUUUCUCUCUGACACCUAUUUUAGACAAAUCUAAGGGAAAAAGCCUUGACAAUAGAACAUUGAUUGCUGUGUUCAACUCCAGCACUGGAGCUUCUUUUUAACUCAGGACUCCAGCCCCUUGGUAGACGCGUGUCUCUAGAGCCUGCUGGAUCUCCCAGGGCGACUCCCUCAAGUUCAAGGACCAACAGCCACACGGGCAGUGGAGGUGCUGCGUUGCCUACGGUCAAGGCCAGCGUGGUGGAGUGGAUGCCUCAGAAUGGACGAGAAAAUGUGAACUAGCUGGAAUUUUUUAUUCUUGUGAAUAUGUACAUAGGGCAGUACUAGCGACGUUGCGGUCUGCUUCUGCACCUUAUCUUAAAGCACUUACGAUAGGCCUUCUUGUGAUCUUGCUCUAUUCCACAGCACAUUCACGUCCUCUUCUCUGCCCUUUACCCCUCCACCUGUCCCCUCCCGCCCCCUCCCAUCCAGUUCCUUUCCUCCUUUUCCUCCCCUCAAAGUCUGUGUUCCACAUCCUGGAGGAGGAGAAGGAGAAAAGGAACCUCUCCACAGAUGUCCCAUUUUAAGACUGCUUGGGAAAAAAAAAAAAAAAAUCUUUCUAAUCUGCUAUGCUUGAAUGCCACGCGGUACAAAGGAAAACUAUCAUGGAAAUAUUAUGCAAAUUCCCAGAU